AUGUCUUCUGGUGUCGUUGCCGACCUCUUCUUCAUGCAAUCCCCCCCUAACGGCGAACGGGCAUAUAUCAAAAACAAUGCCGGCCCUGACACGAGAAACAAUCGGAACUACACCCUGGAGCCAAAAACCGUGACCGUCGAAAAUUAUCGGACAAAGCUGAACUCAGAAUCCAUUACUCUCGACACUGCUGGAUUCCAACUCUUCUCCAAUCGUCCCACGCAAUUUAUCAAAGACGGGGAGGUGCAGGUUGAAGGAUACUAUGAUGAGAGCAUCACGCUUUUGAAGGAGCUCACCGGAGCUAGUAAAGUAGUUAUAUUUGACCAUACUAUACGCCGUCGCCGCCCAGGUGAAUCUGGGGAUAAUCCAGAUAAACGUCAGCCGGCGGCUAUCGCCCAUGUCGACCAAACAUUCAAGGCGACCAUUGCUCGUGUCCAUCGUCACCUUCCCCCGGAAGACGCUCCUGGGCUGUUGGCCAAGCGUUUCCAGAUCAUCAAUCUCUGGAGACCGAUUGAGAACCCCAGCGACCGACUGGGCCUCUGGCGCUAUGCCAUUUCUCUAGCGGGAGAGACAUACGGUGUUAAAUACAACGAACGUCAGAGGUGGGGUUACUUUAAGGAUAUGCGACCCGAUGAGUUUGUUCUCAUUAAAUGUAAUGAGUCUGUUCAAGACGGAAGCGUAGCUCUAUACACGCCCCAUACAGCCUUUGCUGAUCCUACCACCCCGGAAGGAACACCGUUCAGACAAUCCAUUGAGAUCAGAACAUUGGUAUUCUAUGAUUAA